UUUUAUACGUGUAGUUUGAAAAAUAUAUAUAAGUCAACUAAAAUGCAAAGUAUCUUAUACAUCGAUGUGCAAAUAAGAUAUGACGCCUAGAGAUUAAUAGAGGAGGUGAUAGUGACGACGACGUUGAUGAUCUUGCUUGCGGUGCGGACAAGUUGACUAGAACGUGUAAUUUAGCAGCUUCCUUUUUAGUGCCAACCUUGCCCGCUAGCUAGGCUGCUUCACUUCCCAGUUUUUUCUUCGGCCUCUUUCAAAAUCUCCAGACACUCGAAGCAUAGCGCAGAGUAUAGUCAAACUAUUUGCAGAGCUCUGUCGUUAUUGGCAUCAGAGAUUGGAACCAUUGGGCUUGGUUGCCGGUGGAUAAGACGACGCCUGCCAGCAGUUUAACAAGGCUUUUAUUGUAAGCACGACGAUGACAAGGGAAGAGACGAGGAUGCCCUCGCCCUUGCUCUUGCCCUUGACGUCAAUUGAAGAAGAAUUAGAAGCUGCUUUUGAUGACGAUGAUGAUGAUGAAAGUCUGUUUUCCAUUGAUUUUAAUUUUAACUUCAAGGAUAGUUUUAAGGAUAGUUUUAAGGAAAAGGAAGAGGCCGUUCCUAAUUAUUAUCACGUAGCUGUUGGGGGGCAGAAGAGCGAGUCUAGCAUGGAUGCGCUUCUCUGGGCACUGAGUCACACGGCGGUGACUCAUGAUCAUGAUCAAUCUUCAGUAAUACUAGUCCUCGUCCAUGUCUUUGCACCGAUCCGAUACGUUCCUUCUCCUUUAGGAAUGCUUCCAAAAAAUAGUGUGAAUACAAUUAUGAUGGAGAAUUGGAUGGCCCUAGAAAGAGACAGAAGGAGGAAACUCCUUGACAAAUACGUUGAUGCCUGCUCAUCUGCCAAGGUUAAGACGGAGAUUAUGCUUAUUGAGAGUGAUACAGUUGCCAAGGCAAUCCUAGAACUUAUUCCUACUCAAAACAUAAGAAACCUAGUAGUUGGAACCACCAAAUCUAGUCUGAGGAAACUGAGGUCCAAGAAAGGGAGUGGAAUAGGAAGUCAGAUCCUACAAAAUGCGCCCGAAACAAGCUGCAAUAUUAAGAUCAUAUGCAAGGGAAAGGAAGUGAUUGAUGACACUCUGUUUACUGGCUCGACUUCCUCGCGUAGCAGUAACGCGAACUCCUUGUCCACGCAAGAUGAAGACGACCAUCAAGAACAACGAAUCUCAACAGAUUAUAAUAAACAUGAGUACUCGCGUCCUGAAGCGAAAUCUCCAUCAUCUUUAAAUGGAUACAAGGAAAUGUGGUGGGGGAAAUCAAAAUCUUCACAAAUAACAGCUUGAUUUUGUUGUGUGAUGAUUUUGGCAUGAUGAGAUUGGCAUGUAUAUUUUCUGUGAAUAUGAAAGAUAAAUCGACAUGGCACGCAUUGUAAGUUGCACAUUUAUACAUUAUACAUAAGUUUUGUAACCUAAUUCAUCUACUUGUAUACCUAGCUAGCUACUUCAUCAUA